UGUCAUGUGUCACCUGAAGACUCAGUUGGAAAUGGGUUGAGAGUUCACCCAGGAGAGAACUAGUGGUUUCAAGCACACAGGACGACCUUCAGCUGCGCCUUCCUCCUCGUUUACAGUGCAGUGUUAUCUCAGGAACUGUUUCUAAAAGGAGGGAUGUAGAAGAAGAUGAAAUGCAAACACAGGUGUUUUCAGAAUUUUCUACUAAGCUGUGGCACUUUAUCAUUAAUUUCUUAGAUUAUCUGGGGCAAGGGGUGUGUAGUUUCAGAGGUAAAAGGCCUUGACUUUGUGUGUGUGUCUUAUUGGUAUUGAAUAUCAGGAAAGUUAGUUGGGGGAGUCUGGAAAUGUCAUUGUAUGCCUUCUGUGUUCCGUGGUGUUUCUGUACUCCUGAGGACCAUGGCUCUAUGAGAAAUGAGGGGCUUGAGCCAUGAAGUGCUGUGUAUUUAAGGCAAUAAGAACUCACGAGUGAGGGGGCUGGGCUGGGGCUCAGUGGUAGAGCGCUUGCCUGGCACAUGUGAGGCACUGGGUUCGCAGCACCACAUAAGUGCUUAAGUAAGUAAAAUAAAGGAAUGUGUCUAUCAUCUACAACUAAAAAAUAUUUUUAAAAAAGAAUUCAUAUAUGAAGCUGGGCUGGUGGUGCAUGCCUGUCCCAGCAGCUCAGGAAGCCGAGGCAGGAGGAUUGCGAGUUCAAAGUCAGCCUCAGCAAAAGCGAGGUGCUACGCAACUCAGUGAGACCCUGUCUCUAAAUAAAAUACAAAAUAGGGCUGGAAAUGUGGUUCAGUGGUCGAGUGCCCCUCAGUUUAAUCCCUGGUACCCCACCACCACCAAAAAAGAAAAAAAAGAAUUCACAUACUAAUGUACUGUGGUACCAGCUAAGACUAUUUAAGGGCUGACGGUUUUUUAAAAACAACAAACCCUUUUUCACAUAGUUUUUCAAUUUAUCUUGGAGGGUUUGGUUCUGGAGAUCGAUCCCAGGGCUCCCACGUGCUAGGCAAGUGCUCUGUCAUGGAGCUAUACCCAGAUCCCUUUUUCUUUUCCUUCCUUCCUUCCUUCCUUUAAGUUUUGUAUCAUCAGGGUCUUGCUGAGUUACCCAGGGUGGCCUUCAACUUGUGGUCCUCCUGAAUCUCAGGAGCAGGGAUUAUUGGCAUGUGCCAUUUCUCCUGAUUCUUUCUGUGGUUUUAAAAACCUAACUUGUGGACAUUUUCUUGGUUUCUGUGUAUUGAUUGUUACAGCUGUAUGAUAGUUCUUCAAACUGCGUAAAGUGAUUUCUCUAUUAUUUAAAACUGAUUUAGCAUUUCUAGUUCCUUUAACUUUUUCCAUAUUCGUUUUAGGAUAAGUUUGUCAAUAUUACCAAAAAAGUCUUGGUAGACUUUUCAUAGAAAUUAAAUCCGAUGAUCAGUUUAUUGAGAAUCCAUCCAUGUGGUGUGUUGGGUCUUUCAGUUCAUGAAUAUAAUGUGUGUCUAUUUAAGAUUUCCACAUUUACUUCAUGAGUGUUUUAUAACUUUUAGCAUUUAUAAACCCUGCACAUUUCUGUUAGGGCUCAUAUCUAGGGCUUUUUGUUCAUGUUUGGUUGUUUUAAUGUUUGUUUGGUGUUGCUGUGAAUUUUCAGUUUUCACAUGACAUUUGAGAAUAUGCAGAAUGAUGAUGUCCUUGUGCACUGUUUUGCCAUUGUGCAACCUUGCUUAACUAAUUAUUUCUAGCUCAUUUUUUUCACAGAAUCUUAGGGAUUUCCCACCUAAUAAUGUUCUCUGCAAAUCACUCUAUUUCUUCCUCCUGAUCUCAGUAGCAUAUUCGCUACUUUUGUGUGGUUAGGGCAUAAGCGAGGGUUUCCCACAUGAGGAAUGAAAGCCAUCCUUGCCUGGUCCUUCAGACCAGAGCAGAAACGUUGAGUUUUUCCUUGUUACGUACAAACGUUGCUUGUCGUUGCUGUGGAGAGACAGGCUGGUUGUGAUUGCCAGGGCCUUGCAUGCUAGGCACACUCCCCACCAUUAGGCUGUAUCCUCAGACACAGAAAAUGUCCCUCUGUUCCCAGUGUUCUGAGGUUUCGUCAUUAUGAAUUUUGUCAAAUGCCUUUUUUAUAUCAAAUGAUAGGAUCGUGUGAUGUUUCUUCUAUAUCUUAUUGAUAUAAUGUAUUACAUUGACAAGAAUUUGGAAUAUUGAGCCAGGCAUAGUGUGUACGCCUAUAAUCAUCAGCAACUCAGGAAGCUAAGGCACAAGGAUCAAAAGUAAGAGUUUGAAUAUUGAACCAGCCUGCAUUCUCAGAAUAAACCACUGUUUGUGGAGUAUAAUUCUUUUAUAUAUGUAUUUUUAGUUGCUGAUGAACCUUUUAUUUAUUCACUUAUUUUUAUGUGGUGCUGAGAAUGAAACCCAGCAUCUCACAUAUGCUAGGCAAGCACUCUACCACUGAGCCACAACCCCAGCCCUAUAAUUCUUUUUAUAUGUCAUAUGACAUCAUUCCAUUUUUUUGUAAUUUGGUGAGGAAGUUUUUCUCUAUUUUUUCAUGUCCCUCUUCUAAUUUUUUGAGUGAUAAUGACAUAUAUAUGUAUGUGUGUGUGUGUGUGUGUGUGUAUUACUCCCCCACCCCCACAGUACUGGGGGUUGAACCCAGGGACACUCUGUUACUUAGCUAAUCCUUGUUUUUUGUAUUAUUUUGGUUUUGUAAAGACAGGGUCUGGCCAAGUUGCCCUGGCUGGCCUUGAACUUGGGAUCAUCCUGCCUCAGCCUCCUGAAUAGCUGGGAUAACAGUUGUGCGCCACUGUGCCUGGCUGGCGUGUACUGGACUGUAUGUUUAAUUAGUGUCAUUUAUUCUUGUGAUGGUUGAUAGCAUUCUGUAGUAAACUGUUGUGCUAAGAUUUCUUUUUUUUAGGCUUUUAGGUUACUUGUUUAUUUUAUUAGGUAUAAAAGUACUCAAAGCACUUCAUGGGAGAUAAGUUUUGAAUUUUUUUUUUUUUUUUUUUGGUGUGGUGCUGGUAUCUGAACCUAGAGGCUUGCCCAUGCUAGGCAUGUGCUUUAUCACUGAGCUAUAUCUGUUUCAUGUAAGUUUUCUAAUUUAUUUCUCUUAUUGUUGCAAGUAUUUCCUUAAUACCCUUUUGUUGACUGCAGGAAUAGGUUGCCCUUGCUCUUAAGCCAUCCUCCUGCUUGCGCUUCCCACAGGACGCUGGGAUUACAGGUGGGACCACUGGGCCAUCUUCUGUUCUCUUUUGAUCUUCAUCAGUCUUAGAUAAUCUAUCAUUUAUCUUAGACACAGAGCACAUGUGUCUUCUUGGUCCUUUCAAAUUAAUCAGCACUUUGGGUUGUUGAUUUUUUUUUCUUUUUUCUGUUUCUGUUAAUUCACUCGUUUCUGCUCUGAUGUGCAUUAUUAUAUCUUUUCUUCUACUUGGUUUCCUUGUGUUGGCUCUUAGCAAUUUUCUUAUGUGGGAGUGAUUAUUGACUUGAGGCUUUUCAGUUUUCCAAUGUGAGCAGUUAAUUCUGUAAAUUUCCCUCAUAGAACUAUUAUUUCAUUCAAUACUGAAAUUUCUUUUUUCAUUUCUCUGUGUGUGUGUGUGUGUGUGUGUUGCUUAUGGAGCCCAGACCCUCAUGUGGGGCAAGUGUUAUCCUACUGGGCCACACCCCCAGCCCCUCAAUUCUGAACUUUCUUGAUUCCUUUUGAGACUUAGUCUCUGAUUCAUAAUUAUUUAGAAGUAUGCUGUUUAAUUUCCUAGUAUUUCACAUAUUUCCUGCUGUUACUGAUUUCUGAUUGUUUUACAUUUGACCUGGGUUUUGUUGUUGUUGUUUGUUUGUUUUGUUUUGUUUUUAUUUUUAUGAACCAGCACAUGGUCCAUCCUGUUAGGUGUGCUGCCUGAGAUGAGCCUGUGUUCUGCUUCCCUUGGCUAGAGUGUCUGUACAUGUCUGCUUGUCCUGUUGAUGAUGGCAUUCAGAUAUUCUGUGUCUUAGCUGAUUUUCUGACUAGUAUUUGUUUUUUGUUUUAAAUCUUUGUCCAGUGUAGUUUUCUUUGUAAAACUUUAUUGAGGAUUUUAAGUCAGAUAUCCAAUAUAAGAUAGCUUGAAUUGUUUCAGCUUGUCUUUGUUUAAACCUCUGGUUGACUUUCACCUACUCUGGCCUUUCACAGGGCCCUGGAUUUGACAUUUUCCAUCUUGACAUCGCUUCCAGGACCUCCUUCCAAGACCUCCAGUCUUGCAGAGACUUUUGUGGAGUUCAGCUUCCAGGUCAGGCCCUCGAACCUCAGGGCUCCCACCCCUCUUUCCUGGCCUGGUGUGGCGUCUUGCCUCUCAGAUGGCGGCUGCUCUUGUUGGAGUUGCUCACCGCUGCAGUGCUGGGAGGUCCCAGGCCCAGCUGGGGAGAAGACCCUCAUUCCUCUGCUUUUCCUCUAGAUUUACAUCGUUGUCCCUCUCAUAUUUCACAUGAUCGAGUCUCAGAGAGGAGAACUUGUGUCGCAUUUCUAUCAGUUGCUGAGAGAGUCCUGUUGAUUGAUGUCUUGAACUGUAAUUGGGGGAUUGUGUAUUCUGCAUUAGAUUUCUGUCCCUGGGUCAGAAUGUGUGAGAUGAUCUGAAAGGAGGGAGGUUUCUCUGGCUCAUGAUCUUGAAGUCUCGGUCCAUGGUUGCUUGGCUCUUGUUUGGGGCCUCUGGUGCGGGAAUGCCUCACGGCAGAGAGCCUGUGGUAGAACAGAGCUGCUCACCCCGGCAGACAGCAUGCAGAGGGAGGAGGGGUGCCCUGGGACCCCACGUCCCCUCUGUAGGUCCGCCUCCUUGGGGUCUGUCACUUUGCAGUGGCACUUGGGCCCGAGGAGGACAGGAAGACUUUUCCUCCCUUAAAUUCUGUCAGGGUUUAUAUCACGUAGCUCAGUGCUCUGUGGCUGGGCACAUAUGUUGAAGACCGCUGUCAUCAUUUAUUGACCCUUUACCACUGGGUAAUGUCCUUUUAUGCCACUGUGAGUUUUCUUGGCUGACUUCUGUUUAGUGUCUUUAAUCUUGAUUUAAUCUGUUUUGUGUCAUCAUUACUGUAUUUUUUUAAUGUUUGUUUAGUUUACAUUUUAUUUGGAUUUUUAGCCAUGUCUGUCAUUUGAAGUGAGCUUCUUAUGAACAGUAUACGCUUGCAUCAUGCUUUUUCAUUUAUUUUGGAUAUUUCUGACAAUUUGUAUAUUUAGACAAUUUAAAAUGACUACUGAUGUUAAUGCUUUUAUCUGCCAUUUUAAUUUGUUUGUGUUCCCUAUUUAUUGUCCUUUCUUUUUUAUUGUUUUUCUUGGUGGAGGGUGGGUUCUCUUUUCUUGUAGGUUAGUGUGUUUUUUUUAGGCGAUGUAAGGUAUCUGAAGGUGUGUAUUUAAUUUGCCACAAUUUCAUGGUAUUCGCAGUUUACAUUCUGUAUAGCCCCUGUCGUUGCCUGUUAGGUUUUCUUUGUUUCUCUUCGGAUGCUCUGCGCCAUAUUGGGAGAUGUGCUUUCUGACUUGGCGGUCAGACGUGCCCGACAGGCGUGAGAGUGUUCCUGCCCCCGAUACCCAGGCUGUUGGUUUUUCUCCAGAUCCCAGGUGGUCUUCCCUUCUGUUUGGUGAGUGUCCUGGGCUUUUUUUCUGGGGUAGUUCUGCUAGUGACCGCUAGUUUUCUUCGUGUUCUUCUGUUUCUGAGGGACGUUUUUGUGAGAGAGAGGAUCUGGGCUCCACAGGCCUGGCCCUGGGUAAGCCUCUCCGUUCCACUGUCCACUUUGGUUUUUUCCUUUCUUUUUUCUCUUCUGAUUGUUCACUUCAGCUUCAGAUAAGGAGUCCCCUUCCGUGUAGACCAUUAUUUUAUUGCAGGUUGUCAUUUCUGUCAAGCUGGGUUCAAACGUUGUUCCUUGUCUGUGGGGUUCGGAAGUUUGAUCGCGUGUGUGAUGUGGAAUGUUUGGAGUUGCUUUGUGGCUUGUGAUUAGUACCGCUGGUCACCAGAGCUCCUGACCAGAUACCACUGCAGUUCUGAGGUAGUCCUGUAGUGAAAGAUGACCAGGACCAGAGUGGGACGUUGUCAAGUUCAUCUCCCAAAUAGGAAUCUGGUUGUCCAACAUUGAUUCCCAGAUCCAGCAUCUAAAUGUCUUAGCAGAGAUGGGACAGCAGUGGAAAGAAAUGACCUAAAGGAACUCUGGGAGAAAGAAAAAAACUAUUGUAGAUGUUAGUUUGAAAAACCAUGGAUGACCCAGAAUUCCAUAAUAGGGCUUAUAUCAGGUGAAGGGUAGGAGGCAAGGGAGAUGUCGUAUUUGCUUGGAGCAAAGACUAAGAGUAACAUGAUAGGGUUAGGACAGGACAGGAUGGAAGUUGGCUACGCAGACAGACUUUCUAUACAGGCACCCAUCUAUACAGGACUGUUGGCCGCGGUACUCAUGCAGUAGAGAAAAGGGACUCUGCCCACCCACAAGGUUGUGCUCCAGGGAGGCAACUCUUCAGGGAUCCUCAGGGGUCCUAGGGCCACACAGGAGUAUGGAUACACAGGAGAUGGAAGUGUGUCACGAGCCAGUGCGUCCCAGCUGGGGUCCUUUAGGAUUGAGUCCUUCAAAGAGCAACUGGAAGUACAGACUCUAGCUAAAGAACGUGGGUAAGUUCAGCAUAGUGGUGCCUGCCUGUAAUCCCAGUGGCUCAGGAGGCUCAGUCAGGAGGAUCGUAAGUUCAAAGCCAGCCUCAGCAACUUGGUGAGACCCUGUCUUUAAAUAAAAUAUAAAAUAAAAAAGGGCUUUGGAUGUGGCUCAGUGGUUAAGCACCUCUGGGUUCCAUCCUCAGUACAAAAAAGAGACAUGGAUAAAUGUCAUGAAAUUAAUCAAAUUAUACUUUUAUGGACGUUCAAGUAGGCCACAGUGAUGACCACCGAUCUCUAAAAUGUGCUAAUUUAGAGAAGAGAACACCUGUGAGAAGUGAAGGUGUGAACCUGCAGCUGGUGGGCCUCAGAAUGAGGACUUCUGUGCCUGGAAACCCUCAGCUCCCUUCGACCACUCUUCCAAGUAAAAUCUUAAUGUCAUUUAAGCCCUUUAUGAGGCACUUGUCGUCCCUUCAUCCAGGUCGUGGUCCUCCAGCUGUGUUGUGGAACACUGAGUGUUCGAGGGGUCCAUGAGAUGGAGGGGUAAACACUUUCACCCACCCCAAACAACGCUGCCCUGGGGGAGAGUUUAGAAAUAAGAAAUCAGUGGACGCACCAAGAAAGCACCCUGCGUGCAGGUCGUCCUGUGGUGCGGUCUGAACUCGGAACCUCAUGGUGAUUUCAAGCUGGAGGAAACAAGGCUUGAUCCAAGCCCACCCUUCUGAGGACCUCCACAGGCUGCUGCAGAAGGGGUGCUGGCCGCUGUGUCGUGAAGAGCCCCAGGGCAUGCUCCCAUUGGGUCAGACUGUCUCGGUGUCUGUUCUCUCUGCUGGAAGGCUCAUUCCCAGAGCUGGGCUUGCCAGGUUGGUUCUGAGGUCCCAGAUCUGGGGAGAUCAGGGAGGUGGUCUUUGAGGACCCGCCAGCCCUUUCUGUCACUGUGCCACAGUCUUUGGAAGAAGCUGCUGUCGUUCCAUGUGUUGUGGUCACUCACUUUGAUCCAACUGUCUUCUUGCUUGACCAAGGCAAAAGUCUUAGGGAAAAUCGGGUCCUCUGGGUCAGGCUCACCUCCAGUUUCUGUUCCUGGCCUGCGGUGCUGGCCAGCCGCCUGGUAACUGGGUGCUUUCCCCACAGUCCAGUGAGCUCAGCUCUGCGGCCUCAUCCAAGGUCUGGGCUGCCCUGUCGGCCCUCGGAACGUGACGUUUCCUUCACCUUCUUUCUCUCACAGGCUUGGCCCCUGUAGCGGUCUGUGGCCUACUUGUCCCCAUGCCCUCACGCUCCCUUCACUCUGGGCACCUUCACCUGACUUGAGGCUCCCAAGUGCUCUUUGUCCCCUUCUCUGUUGCGUCUUUGCAGUGCUGGCCCCGCCUGGGCCUCGGUCCUCUCCUGCCUCAGUGUCUUCCCUUGCGCUCCAGGGCUCUGCAGCCUGCCUGGGCCCUGUUUCCAGGUGGGCUGGUCGUGCCUGCGUGCCUCUUGUGGGCCGAGUGCUGUGCGCACCUCAGCUCUUGCCUCUCGACCACCACUCUGGCACGUUUCCUGGCCAGGACCAUUAGGCACAGAGAGUGGAGGUGGCCAGGGCUACACAGACAGGCAGCUGGAGUCUGGGGACUGGAGGCCACUUAAUGUGCUGCAGGCUCCCAGCCCUGCCCGUUUCCUGGGUCUCCACUCGUGGGGAGGGUCUUUGUUCUUCUAGUCACUGUUCUGUAGGGGGUUUGGGUGGUUUUUUGUUUUUUGUUUUCCUGGCAGAAGGGAUUAAACCCAAGGGUGGUGAUUAAACACUGCCACAUCCUCAGUCUGCCCCCCCCCCUCCUUUUUUUUAAUAUAGAGACAGGUCUCACUGAGUUGCUGAGGGCCUUGCUAAGGUGCUGAGGCUGGCUUUGAACUCGAGAUCCUCCUGCCUCAGUUUCCUGAGCUGCUGGGGUGACAGGCGUGGCCACUGUGCCAUUUCUGUCUUUAACAUGCCACUCACUCAUCUGGAGCCGGCUGUUCCUGUUUGAUGGUGUAUUUGGGCCAUCUCUUCAGGUUGGGUGAGGUCAACCAGAUUCGGUCUUUGUGGUGGCAUUGUCUGUCAUAAGUGGAAAUAGAGGUGUGGGAGGGAGGGGGUCGAGAAGCCAUGACGGGUCCAGACCAGGUGUGCUGUUUGGAGUGAAGACCUCUCUGAGCUCCCAGCUUCAGCCCCAUUGCCACACCGGGCGCACUGCGCCCCUCCCCUCCCUCAGUGUCCCACAUCCUGCCCCUGCCCCUGCCGUUCAGGUAUGUUUGGUGCCGGCCACAUGCACAGCAGCUUGUGUUUAGGAAUUUUGUCCUUCAAAGUGUCACCAUGUGUGACAGGUUGACCUUGAGGCAUACCAGCAGGGACAGGAAGUACACAGUUGUAGAGGUCGUGAUGAAUGACAGUGGGAGUACUGGAAGAUCACCUCUAGGUUUAUUGAUCUUGGAAAGACCCAGGACUCAGGAUUCUGUCACACUCGCAGCUGUGACUUUUAUCACAGCCAGAGGAGACAUAGCAAACCCCACAGAGCAAAGAGCCUCCCGGGGCAAUGUCCAGAGAGCCAGAGUGUCCUUCUCGUCCUGCCUCAGUGGGGUCACAGAUGGGCCUUGUUGGCAUGUCACCUGGGACUGGGCUAGCAUGUGAGAAAUGUCUCCUGGGAAGCCUGUUGGGAAACCCCUGCCAGGGUGAGUGUUGGGCACACUGUCCUCUGUCCAGCACAUACCAGACUCUGGACCUCCCGAAGGGUUCUGGUGUUCAUUGUGAGUCCCAUGUUUCCACAAAAGACCUGGCCACACAAAGCUGCCUUCUCUGGAGCUGUGGGAAGCCUCCCAACAUCUCAGUCCCAAGCUGCCACCAAGGCUCACCCUGUGAGCUGCAGGGUGGUGGUCUCUGGCCCCACUGUGACUUCUCCUCACAGAGACCCAAGUGAUACUAAAGCACUGUGUAUGUUCGGGUGUCUGUCACUUUAAGCAAGUACUGUUUCCUUCAGUGAAAAAUGAAGAUCUUAAUUUCGAGAUGAAGACGCAUAUAACUGUUGUAAUAAAAAAUCCAAGCCACAGUGGAACUUGUUACAAACCACCGGGACAGGAUUUAGUUUAGUUACAAGGUACAGAGGACACUGCUGAGAGAAGGACUUGGUGCUGGUACACGUGUGUACCUGUAUGUGUGUGCCCAGUGUGUGUGUACCUACUGUGUGCAUGUGUGUGAUACACACGAAUGGCUGCGAAUGGUCUGACCUGAAUUCUCCCUCCACUUGCCUUUGUCUGUGAAGACAGAGUGGCCAGGGGGCGAGGUGUAUUUCCAUGGUUUAUACUGAAACUCCCUUUACUGCUGCUAUCUGAAGCCUUGGCUUCAGCGGAGAACUAAGGAAUAUGACACUCAUAACAGUUCCUGCAUCAUUAAAUGCAGAUAACUUUAAAGGACAUUAUUGCAGACACUCGUGGGUCUGUUGGUUUUAUGUCUGAGAGGGAGUCAUUGACCCCAGCUGAGAGGCCCUCUGCAGACACUUGCUGGAAGCAUCUGAGGAUGGCUGUCCUGCCUCAGCUGUGGGAAGCUAGUGCCUCCUGCAAGGUCUAGUGAUGAUGUCACUGUGUUCUGGGGGCUAAGGAUUUUCAGUCUUGGCUGGGGUGUAGCUCACUAGCACACACAAGGCCCUGGGUCCACCCCUAGCAGCAGCUCCCACACACAGGGUGUUGGACAUCUUAACAGUGGCAUGGUCUCAGCUAGGUCAAGUGGGCAGCUUGUCUUGCCUGCUUGGAGCAGAGGAUUGUCGUGCAGGGAGGAUCCAGUAGUCAGACUGUGGGUAUUUCCUGUCACUGCUCUUACCUGUAGGGUGGCUACGGAAGUUCCUGGCCAAGGUAGGAAGAGACUUCACAUAAAGAAAUCCUAUCUCCUUGUGUUUCUUGGGCUGUGGGCAGGAUUCCAUCCUGCUGACCACUCCCUCCAUUCUUGACAUAACUCUUUCCUUGGUUCUGUGCAUCCUUCUCCUAGGUCACUCCGUCUUUUCCCUGCUGGCUCAUCCAUGGCUGGCCACCUAUGUCAUGCUGGAAUUUCUAAGUCCCUGGUCUGCUUUGCCUACCAACACCUAGCUUUAUCUCCCCAAUCCUGACCUUGUAUGGUGCUCUAGACCCGUACACCAAUGCCUGCUGUCAGCCAGUGGGCUGUCCACGAGACUUAAUUAAGGUCAGUAAAUGGUUCCCACUUGAGCUGUGCCCUGCACCUGAGGUCCCAGCUACUCAGGAGGCUGAGGCAGGGGGAUCUUUUGAGCACAGGUGUUGGCAACAUAGUGAGACCCCAUCUCAAUGAAUAAGUGAGGGCUGGGGUGUAGUUCAGCAGCACAGGGCAUUGGAGGCCCUGGGUUCCAUCCUCAGCACCACCCACACUCACACACAAACACCUGACCCUCUGCAUUAGAAUCCCUGCCACUGGGCUGGGGAUGUGGCCCAAGCAGUAUCGCGCUCGCCUGGCAUGCGUGCGGCCCGGGUUCGAUCCUCAGCACCACAUUCAAACAAAGAUGUUGUGUCCGCUGAAAACUAAAAGAUAAAUUAAAAAAAAAAAAAAAAAAAAAAGGAUCCCUGCCACUUGAAUUCUGUCUCUGCAACUGUGAGACUAAUUUUUUUUUUCCUGUACUAGGGAUUGAACCCAGGAGCACUUUACCAUGGAGCUACAUCCCCAGCCCUUUUUAUAUUUUAUUUGAAGACAAGAGUCUCUAAAAGUUGCUGAGGGUCUUGUUAAAUCCUCCUUCCGCAGCCUCCAGAGUAACUGUGAAUCUUGUUAGAAACCUCCUACCAGUUUUGCAACCCAGAGAGUCUUCCAUCUCUGGCACAUAAACAUGGAGGUAGACAGCACCCCAUCUCCCAGGUUCUGUGGGAGGGAAGGAGCCUGACUUCCCUGGGUACCUUGAUCCAAGUUGCAAACUACCUACUAUUGUAAACAAAGAAGUUUCUUUUCCCCUCUGAAGCCAAAUUAACUCAAGAGUCACAAGGUAAGUUAGGAUGAACUGUGUGGCAACUCCUGACAUGUCCCCUCACUUGAAGACCAUUAUGUAUUUCGAAAACAGCAUAUAAUGGUCUGCUUGGGCAUAUGAAGGGUGAGGUUUUACUCUGUCUUUGCAGUGUCUUACUGUAUAGCCGGUGAUGUGAAUCACAUUCUGAUCUAGUGUUGUUCAAUAAUACAACUUUUCUUAAAUUGGGUAGGUGGGAUGACACCCGUAAUCCCAGCUAAUCUGGAAGUCCAGGCAGGAAGAUCACAAGAUUAAGGCUGGCCGCAGCAAUUCAGCAAGCCCAAGUCUGAGAAAGGGCCGGGCAUGUAGUUGAGUGGUAAGAGAGCUUGCCCAGCAGCGCGGGGCCGGGUUCAACCUGCAGCACCAAACAGCAAUAUGCCACCCGGCCCGCGCCACCCAAACCACGCGAGAGCUUCAUUUCUCUACGACAUUUGUUUUCUUGGUAGAGAGCGAGCGGUUUUACCCAUCUUUCCCCAACACGAGUGACACACCCUCACUCGCAGGCUCUGUCUAUUGGUUACGGAGAUUUUUUUUUUUCAAGUAUAAACGACAUAUCCCAUUUCCCGCCUAAAAAUAUUCAAUUUCGAAUGUUCUUGGAAGCCUCCAUACUUGCCAAAUAUGUUCUGCUUUUCCUACAUUUGAGACCAAAAUUGCAAACGUUACAGGGUUCGCAAAGACACCGAGACCAGGACCUGGCGGCCUGAUACUUGCACCCCCAGGGUGACUGCCUCAGACCCGCACGUGCGCUUGAGCCUGCCCUGCCUCAGCCUCACCCUGGCCCCGCCCCUGCUUAGCCCGCCUGUUCCGCCUCAUUGGCCCAUGCUCUGAUAGACACGCCCAACUCCUGUCUUCAUUGGGCACGCUGCCGAUGGCGUCAGAGAUUUCGACCAGUGGGAAUGAGGAACCUUAUCGGCCCGCCCUGGAGUCUGGGGACGGCUAUAAAAGGCCUACUGCCCAGCUGGUCAGGACUUCCCGCCACUUACCUCUUGCUUACUUUCGUGUUUCCUCGUGGCCGCUUUUCACAACCGUAUGCACCCCGGCCGCCAACUCCAAAGGGCUCAGGAGGGCCCUGGCUCCCCCUCAUCCGUAUCAGCAUCCACCCGGAGGCGGAGCUGCAGUGGGCCAGACGCAACCCGGAACCCCCGCCGUGAAGCCCUUCACAAUCUAUGACCUUGAAAUCGGGCGUCCUCUGGGCAAGGGCAGAUUUGGGAACGUCUGCCUGGCUCGACUGAAGGAGAACCAUUUCAUCGUGGCCCUGAAGGUCCUCUUCAAGUCCCAGAUCGAGAAGGCGGGACUGGAGCACCAGCUGCGCAGGGAAGUCGAGAUCCAGGCGCACCUGCGACACCCGAACAUCCUACGCCUCUACAACUAUUUCUAUGACUCUCGCCGGAUAUACCUGAUUCUGGAGUUUGCUCCCAGGGGUGAGCUCUACCACUUGCUGCAGAGAAGGGGCCCCUUGGAUGAGCAGCGCACAGCCACGAUAAUGGAGGAGUUGGCAGACGCCCUGACAUACUGCCACAACAAGAAGGUGAUUCACAGGGACAUUAAGCCAGAGAAUCUGCUGCUGGGGCUGAUGGGUGAGGUGAAGAUUGCAGACUUUGGCUGGUCUGUGCACGCCCCCUCCCUCAGGAGACAGACUAUGUGUGGGACUCUGGACUACUUGCCCCCAGAAAUAGUGGAAGGCAGGACCUACAAUGAGAAGGUGGACCUGUGGUGCCUCGGGGUGCUCUGCUACGAGCUGCUGGUGGGACGGCCACCCUUUGAGAGCCCCUCUCAGAGCGAGACCCAGAGGCGCAUCCUCAAGGUGGAUGUGACGUUUCCCCCCUCCAUGCCCGAGGGGGCCCAGGACUUUGUCUCCAAGCUUCUGAGAUACCAGCCCUCAGAGCGGCUUCCCCUGGCUCAGGUCCUGGAGCACCCCUGGGUGAAGGCGCACUCAUGGGGGGUGUUGCCUCCCGGUGCUCAGAAGGCUUCCUGAGCCCAUCUACCUCUGUCCUUCCUGUGCACCCAGGGAAGGCUUCCUCGUUUGUCUUUUUAAAUAUAGGAUGCUAAUUAAUAAAGACUUGAGUCAUUUACUACAAGG